AUGUAUUUUGCAAUUAUUGCGUUAUUGUUUACAAGAUUGAAUGCACGAGUUCAAAAAGACGAGAAUGUAUCAACAUUAUUAUUGACAAAUACAAAUGCGCAUAAUCCGGGUAUCUACAUGCGAUUGAUGUCUACUGGUCUUGCAUAUCUACGUGAAAUAGGUAUGAAAGUAGUAAAUGAUGAAAUAUUGCGUAUCCAAUUACCAACAAUCACGGAAGUUAUUGAAGCUGGUCAAGUAUCAAUUUACAAUGCUUAUGUGUCAAAAUACUGGUCGCCACCGGAAUACAGUCUAGAAUUAUCGCCUCCGAACAUGUUCACCUGGUCAAUGGCUAAAAUGCAUAUCAGAGUAGCAGGUGACUUUGAAGCGACGAUUACUGGGCCACUAUUGAUUCCAUCUGUACCAAUUCGUGGACAAUUCGAGACUUUAUUUGGUCAUGUAAGCUUAACAAUAGCUGUCAGAUUAGCUCGAACACGAUCAGGUGCCCCAAUGGUACAGUCUACAUAUUGUGGCGCUGAUGUUGGUUAUGUUGAUUUGAAUGUACAAAACACCGGGGUCAUUACGGAUUUUUUUAUUAAUACUUUCAAAGCCUUCAUUAUUGCUAAUUUCAAACCAAUCGUGGAAGAUCGAAUAUGCAAAAUGAUAAAAAAUGUGAUUAAUAAAGAUAUGAAUUAUAUAUUAUCUACAAUGCCUCUUCAGGUAAAUAUUAAUGAAAAUUCAAUCGAUGUCUUAGGACAAUCAUUUGGAAUUCCAGCUAGGAAACCAUUUGGCAAGUUAGGCGAAGUUAACAUCGCCAAGAAUGCUAGCAUAAUGAGCAUUGUUACUCGUUUACGACAAAAAAAUCUCAUACUAGAUUAUCGACUCAUUCGCGAUCCAUUCAUCGCAUACGGUACUAUUGAAAUAGUAUCACGCGGAGAAAUUUCUUGGGAUGGCAACGGUGGUACUCCUUUCAACCCUCCAAAUAUUUAUAUUCCUCCACCAAACGGUGUCCACAUGGUGGAAUUUAUUGCAACAGAUUAUAUAAUUAAUUCGCUCUUGUUUCAUGCAUACAAACAAAAAUACUUAAAUUUUGUUAUUGGUCCUGAAUCAAGUUCAUAUCUUAAGUCACUUCUGUUAACAACAUGUGAUAGUGGUUACUGCCUUGGAGAAUUUCUUGGUGAAUUGUCGCGGCAGUAUCCAGAUCGUGAAAUUGAAAUUCAUUUUUUGACUAAAAAGUCUCCAUUGCUUGUUUUUGUUGAAAAUCGAGCACGAUUUCGACUUCAUGGCAGUAUAAAUAUGUAUGUCAGACCACGAAAUGCCAGUCAAAUCAAAUUGAUGAUUAUUCGAGCUGAUACAAGAAUGACAUCAAAUAUCAAUUUAUGGCUAAAUCAGACACGAAUAGUUGGUAAUGCUUCUAUAGAAAAUCUUGAUUUUAAACUGCUUGAGACUCGUGUUCAAGACGUAGAUCAAGCAACAUUUGGCGACCUUGGUCUUUUUGGUGCAGGAUUUUUAGAGCAAUUAUUAGGUGAUAUCUUGCAAGUUGGCAUCCUUAUGCCAACAAUGAAAGGGAUUGUAUUGAGAAAUCCGAGGUUAUCACUGCAUGAUCGCUUUUUGAAAGUACAAACGUAUUUUAGAUUAGACGAGCGUUUUGCUGGUAGAUUAAUUCAGGGUGCUGUAAAGCAGACAUUUAGGAAUUUUAAUAAUGUUGCUGGUUAA